AUGAGUUUGAAUCUUCCUUCGCGGCGCCUGCUAAGGUCAGCUGCACCUCUUACGACGUCACGUCCGCCCAUCGCCUUCCUCGUCCCAUUAUACACAAACCAGCGAAGGUCACUAUGGGACAACUUUACAAAGCGUCUCGACAGUGCAAGGAGGAUGUUCUCGCCAAACAAAGCUUCCAGCAAUCCCUUGACAGAAGAAUAUCUCAUGAAGAAAAAGGAUGCGCAACGGCAAAACCCCGAGCGAGGAGAUCUCUCCCAAUCGUCCAUCUUUGAAGGUGAAGGGUCGGGGAGCAAACGAGAUGAGAAGAGCAAAUUUCCAGCUAGAAACCCUGAAAUAAUGGCCAGAGCACUCGACCCAUACCCAAAUGCCACACUCCGAUGGAAAAGGAAGAUGGUAAUACAGGAGGUCAAGAAACGAGGACGUUUGACAAAGGAACAAACAUUGAAGAGAACGGAAAGGGUGCUAUUAUCAAAGAGUCAUGAUUUCAAGACCUCGGUGAAGAAAUUGGUUCCUUUGGCUAAACAGAUUGCCGGCAAGACAGUGGAGGAUGCGAUCAUUCAGAUGAGAUUCUCGAAGAAGAAGGUUGCAAAGGAUGUCAAGGAGCAUUUGGAGCAUGCAAGGAACGAGGCCAUUGUGAAGAGGGGUAUGGGAUUAGGAAAGAUUGAAAGGAAGUCAACUGAAAAUUUCAAGACGCGGUAUAUUGUGACUAAGGAUGGAAAGAGGGUCAAGGUGGAAGAUCCAACUACUUUGUAUGUUGACGAGGCUUGGUGUGGAAAGGGAGAUUGGGGUAAAAGUUACGAUUUCAGAGCAAGAGGAAAUGUUAACAUUAUGAAGAACAGAACAACGAGUAUUUCGCUUGUCCUGAAAGAGGAGAAAACUCGCAUUAGACUUCAUGAGGAACGGGAGGAGAAGUUAAAGAACAAAAAGGUCUGGGUUCAAUUGCCGAAUAGACCUGUGACUGCCCAAAGGCAGUACUAUUCAUGGUAA